UUAACUUACAAGUCCCUGAGCUGUUAUCUUGGUCCACAAUGUCAGAGAGUGAAAAAAUGAGUCAGAUGGACACGGAAACGCCAGCUGCUGCUCAGGAUCAGCAGAGCUUGAUGUCUCGGUUCAGUAACCUGCCUCUGGUCAGCUCGGCGUGUGGCGCGGUGUCCAGCGCCUACAGCAGCACUAAAGACAACGUCCCUCUCCUCAGGGGGGUCAUGGACGCGGCCGAGAGCGGAGUCCGCACGCUGGGAGCGGCGGCCAGCACGGGGACCAAACCCAUACUGGACAGACUGGAGCCACAGAUUGCCAUGGUGAACGAGUAUGCCAUGAAGGGGCUGGACAAAGUGGAGGAAAAGCUUCCCAUCUUACACCAGCCAGCAGACAAGCUGGUGUCUGAGACGGUGGACAAGGUGUACCAGUCUGUGACGGGGGCGAAGGAUGCGGUGGUGGGGGCAGUCCUGGGGGGUGUGGAGAUGACCCGUACGGCCGUAAAUGAGGGCAUUAACACAGUCAUGGGCACCAGGGUGGGUCAGAUGGUCAGCAGUGGAGUGGGUCUGGCUCUGACCCGCUCUGAGGACUGGGUGGACCAGCACCUUCCGCUUACUGAGAAGGAACUGGCUGCUCUGGCGGAGCCUCUGCCGGACGAAGAGGGCGGGGCCGCCCUGAGCUCCACCUCCAGCUACUUCGUCCGUCUGGGUAAGCUCUCGGCCCGCGUCAGAGAGCGAGCACUGGAGCUCUCCCUGAUCAAAGCCCGAAGCGCCCGGGACGCCACACACGCAGCCGUGACCCAAAUCACCAGCACGCUGGACCUGCUGGAGGCCGCCCGCGCUGCCCGCGCGACCGCCAGCCAGCUAGGGGGCGCUCCAGAGCAGCUGCUGAAGCGCUGGAAGGAGUGGAAGGAGGGGCAGCCCAAAGAGGAGGAGGGGCAGGAGACAGAGGAGGCGGAGCCUAAUGGGGUGGAAGAUCAGGGGGAGACGUCGCGACCCCUGGUUCCUAUCACCACCACUGUAAAGACAUCUGACUCGCAGCUAGAGUGGCGAACUCUCUCUAUGGUUCGUGGCUUGAGUGAGCAGUUGCGGCUGGCCAGUGCGAGUGUAGUGUCCAGCGCGCAGGGUCUCCCCGGAGCCGUGCAGGAGCAGCUGCAGAACGCCCGCCGCACGGCCGAGGACCUGCACUCCUCUCUGGGCAAAACCAGCACCCUCACACCGCUGCUGCUCCAGCAGAGCCGCCAGCAGCUCACACAGAAUUUGAGCAGCAGGGGGACGUAG